AUGGCAGGUGUAAGUGGCUGCUUGAAGUAUUCCAUGUUCUUCUUCAACUUCCUAUUUUGGGUCUGUGGUUCCGUUAUUUUAGGAGUCUCUAUAUGGAUACGUGUCAGCAAAAAUGUUCAAGAGGAGUUGCAGAUAGACAGCAGCCUGUUUGCAGGAGUUGAUCUGCUGAUAGCCGUGGGCUCCAUCAUUAUGGUCCUUGGGUUCCUAGGGUGCUGUGGUGCCAUAAGGGAGAGCCGGUGCAUGCUGUUGUUGUUUUUUAUUGGACUGCUGCUGAUUGUGAUCCUUCAGAUCACAGGAGGCAUUUUAGGAGCAGUGUUCAGAUCUCAGAUUGAAACAUCACUUAACAGGACUCUCGCUGAAAGUGUGAAUGCAUUGCAAGAAACUGCAGAAGAAACUCAAGUGUUUCGAGAGAACUUCCAGAAGUUUGAGGAAACGAACCGCUGUUGUGGUUUGGUGAAUGGAUAUGAAGACUGGGGAAACAAUUUUCAAACUCUCAUUAAUGGCAAACAAGUCUGUGCUUGUGAAGAAAAUGAUGCAUCAAAUGACCUCUGCAUAUCACAUGGAGGGAGAUCCAUUUAUAAAACGCCUUGUGUAGAAGUGAUUUCCAAAUACAUUGAAGAUCAUCUGCUUGUAAUUAUGGGGAUUGCCUUUGGACUGGCUGUUAUAGAGAUUCUUGGUUUGGGGUUUUCUAUGGGCCUCUACUGCCAGAUCCAGAGAAAAUGA